GACGACAUAUAAACACGAAAGAAAAGGAUAUCAAUAAUACCAACCACUCAGCUAAGCUAUCGAGGAGAGAGGCGGAAAGAGUAACGGGAACAGCAACCAGCCAUGGAUCAGUACCUGUUCCGGACGCACCUCGACCAGUGCAAAUUCGUGGAGGAGACCACUUCGUGGAUAGAGAUUCUGAAUUACUCGGAUGAAAGUCUCAACACCAUUGAUGAACACCGAUUCGGACCUGAUGAGCGACGAGUCGAAUUUCACAACUUCUUACACCGACGAGGCGUCUUUGCUCCUAAGAAGCUCAAGGAAGGGGUACGACUUUUGAACGGAAUUCGCCUAAUAGUACAGAAGGAUGCACAACAAGAUGAAACCUUUGCACCUCUACACGUUUCCCUAAAACCCGAGGACUAUUCAAGUAUGGUCGAGAUCAUGCGGUUACCCUAUCGAGCCAUAGAAGGAACCAGUGUCGUCGGUCCUUUUUUCUGGGCAGCUCUGGACCACGAUGAAGAAGAUCCUCACAUGCAAAUCAUCUUUCGCAAAUCCGACGUCCGCAAAAAGGGCAAAACCCGCGGCUGGGAACUAAUGCUCUCGCACUCCUUUAACACCGGCCUCACCUCGGGUUUCGUCAAGGGCACGCCAUCCUCCGACAUCGACGUUUCCAUCAAGACUCUUUUGGCUUGCGCCUCGCAAGCCAUGCACCCCUUUUUGCUCCCCAUCAUCGUCUUGAGUCAUGACAUCUCCAUCAAGACGGACAUGAAGCAGCGCGAGGCGCGCGAGUGGCUGCGCCAGCUCGAGCAUGCCGUCAGCAUGCGACAAGAAAUCCGGGAGGAAGAGAGCAACUAUAUUAAAGAGACCAUGAUCAAUUUGGAUCAAAUCAACCGCGACUUGGUUGAGUGCCAUAGCCAGGUACUCUGGAAACGCCCCCAAGCCUACCAGGAAACCGUCCGCUCCUUCGGCAUCGCCCUCGAACAGUUCUGGUCCCUCGCCAAAGACCGGCCGGAAACCUACGGCAAAGACGCCGAAAAGCUUCACAACAGCUUCGUCUCCCGCCUCGAUUUCUUCAACGCCAAGUUAAAAGGCAUAGAAAACUACGCGCACAUCACGCUCGAACGACUAUCCAUCCAGCGCGCGGCGCUCUACAACAUCAUCGCCCAAAAGGAAUCCAAACUCGGCCUACAAAUGGCCGUCGACCAGCGCAAGCUAGCCCACGCCGCCAAACGGGAUGCCACCUCCAUGAAAUCCAUUUCCCUUUUGGGCGCGAUAUUCCUACCCGCCACACUACUCGCAUCCGUUUUUUCCAUGACAUUUUUCAACUUCCAAGACCAAAACUCGGAUUUUUCUCCCGCCGGUGACAACUCUUCCUCCAGUUCUUCCGGGGGAAGUGACGGUGGUAGUGUAACAAGAACAGUUUCCCCCUCGAUAUGGGUCUACUUCGCCAUCACGAUCCCGCUUACCUUGAUCAUCGUCGUGACCUGGUUACUGUGGGACAAGAAGCGGGAGGCCGAGUACGCGCAGGAGGAUAAGGAUAUCGAGAAGGGGAUCGAUAAGAUGGAGCAGAAGAUCAUGGCGGAGAUGAGGAUGAGGACGAUGAGCACGGCUAGGACGUGGAAUGUUGCCAAGAGUUGAUUUGAUGUUAGUUAGGAGAGCUGGGUCGGGCUGGGUCGGGCUGGGUCGGUCGGUCGGGCUUUAUGAUGGAUGGAUGAUGGAUGAUAUGACGAAACA